AUGGCCAUCUCCAGAGAUAUUAAAAUCGAACCCAAGCGAGGAAGAAGGCUAGGAGGAAACAGAGCUGCACUUUUUGUGUACGCUACGGAGGGACUAGAAAACAUGGCAUUCAUCUGUGUGGCUGUGAGCCUGGUGACUUAUUUCUAUGGGUACAUGAACUUCAGCUUAACGAAAUCUGCCACUACACUUACCAACUUCAUGGGUACUUCAUUCUUAAUGGCGCUAUUUGGAGGGUUCAUUUGUGACACCUAUUUGACAAGAUUCAAGACUUGUGUCUUGUUUGGAUGUGUAGAGUUCUUGGGAUAUUCCCUCCUAACGGUUCAAGCACAUUUCCACAAACUAAGACCAAUUCCUUGCAGAGGCUUAUCACCUGACCAAUGUGAGGCUGCAGAUCGGAGCCAAUCUGCAAGACUUUUCACCGGUCUGUACCUUAUUGCAUUUGGUACUAGUGGCGUCAAAGCAGCUUUGCCAUCAUUAGGAGCUGACCAAUUCGAUGAGAAUGACCCCGAGGAGGCAUCUCAAUUGUCUAGUUUUUUCAACUGGUUCUUGUUUAGCCUCACCAGUGGAGCUAUAAUAGGAGUCACUAUUAUUGUAUGGAUAAGCACUAACCAAGGCUGGGAUUUUGGGCUUGGGGUGUGUGCUAUAGCAGUCUUGGUUGCUAUCAUCUUUGUGAGCAUGGGCAAGUCCUUGUAUCGGAACAAUGUGCCCAAGGGAAGCCCCUCGUACGCUUUGCACAGGAACCGAGGCCUUCCAAUUCCAGAGAGGGCAGAAGAAUUACAUGAAAUUCAUGACAAAGAAGCAGGGGUGAUACAAGAAAUUCUUCCAAGGACUGACCAAUUCAGGUUCUUGGACCGGGCAGCAAUCGCAAACACUACUAACUAUGCAUCCACAUCAAUCACCCCUGGAUCCUGGAGGCUAUGCACAAUGACACAAGUUGAAGAAACAAAGAUCCUAAUCCGCAUGCUUCCAAUUAUACUUAGCACAGUUUUCAUGAACACAUGCUUAGCUCAGCUUCAAACUUUUUCGGUCCAACAAAGCACCACCAUGGACACACACGUCUUUGGCUUUAAAGUGCCUGGCCCCUCACUACCAGUUAUCCCCCUUCUAUUCAUGUUUGUUCUAAUCCCCAUAUAUGAACGAAUUUUCGUACCCCUUGCUCGAAAGAUCACAGGGAUUCCAACUGGAAUUCGAUACCUCCAGCGCAUUGGAGUGGGGCUAGUGCUCUCAGCAAUCUCCAUGGCAGUUGCUGGAGUUGUGGAAACAUGGCGCAAAUCGGUGGCUAUUAAACACAACAUGGUUGACUCUGUUGAGCCCUUGCCGAUGAGUUUCUUAUGGCUUGGAUUCCAAUAUGCUAUUUUUGGAGCAGCUGAUAUGUUCACUUUUGUUGGGCUGCUAGAAUUUUUCUAUGCAGAGAGCUCGGCCGGUAUGAAAUCACUGAGCACAGCUAUCUCAUGGUGUUCACUGGCAUUUGGCUACUUCUUGAGCUCUGUGGUGGUGGAGGUGAUAAACAAAGUUACUGAUGGAUGGCUGGCUAGUAACAAUUUGAACAGAGACAAGUUGAACUACUUUUACUGGCUAUUAGCAGGGAUCAGCAUAGUGAAUUUUGGAGUUUACUUGGCGUGUGCAUCUUGGUAUAGAUAUAAGAACAAGGGGGAAGCGAAGCAAACAGAAAAGGGUUGUAAAGGCGAUGCCAAGGGAAAAGUUCAAAUGGCAGAAAUUUAA